AUGAAUGCAUUGUAUGAGAUUACAAAUGUAAAUUUCAAUGAAUAUGAUUUAAUGGGUCAGCAAGCAAAGGAACAUCAUUUGGAAUUGAAUUAUUUAAAUAAAUUGUCCUUGGCCAUCACUUUUUAUGAGCUGAAUGCCAUAGCGUUUUGUGAGCAAGCAAGUAAACGUUACUACUCUCUAUUUGAUAAUUUAUCGGCAGAGACCUAUGCCACAACCAAUGAGGAGGACUUUGCUACUCUCUACAACCGAGUGGCCACUGUAAAAGGAAUUAGUCGAGAUAUUCUGCAAAUCUCUAGGGAGGCCAAAGAAUUCAAUAAAACUCUAAUACAAGAUGCAGAUCUCCGACGAGCCCUUGAUAGACUCAGCUAUGUUGGUGGCCUAUUUGUAUUGGGCGAUGAAUACUUUGAGUCAGUCCUGAUUUCAAUGAAUGCCUUGAAAAGUCUCUCGACCGACAAGGACAUAAAACCAUACCAAGCUGAAGUUGAUGCUAAUGUGCAAAACAUUGCACCAAUUGCCUAUUAUCCAGAUAUACAGAAGAUCUACGAGUCCAGUAGUGAUGCCAAAGAGUUGCAAUACUAUUGGAUGAUGUGGAGAGAGAAAAAUGCCAUAUGGGCUGCUGUUAAUCUUCAAAAUAUUAUUGAUGCCAUACGUAAUGCAGCUAAAUUGAUGGAUCGUUCUCCACUUGAUUUCUACUACAAUGCCUAUGAAUCACCAGAAAUUUUAGUUCAAAUGGAUCAGAUUAUGUUGGAACUUAAACCUGCCUAUUUACAAUUACACGCCUACAUACGCAAUGAAUUAGCCAGAAAAUAUAACCAUGAAGAAUUGCGGGAUACUGGACCCAUACCCGAUCAUUUAUUCCAACAAGUUCUGGCACAAACGUGGAAGGAGAACAGUGUCAUUGAAGAGCAUUUUCCUUUUCGAGACUUGCCCUCCUAUGAUCGUCUUGUGGAAGGUCUAAGCAGCCAGAAACUGAUUUUCCAUGCCCAAGGCUUUUAUAGAUCUUUGGGUUUCACGGACCUGCAGGAAGAUUUUAUUCAAAAUCGUCUCAAAGAAGUGGGUGCUGCAGAAGCCAGUGCAGACUGUAGAGCAAAUAUUUUCGAUAUGACACCCAAUGUGCGUAUGCAGUACUGUCCCAAUAUCGAUUUUAGGAAUUUUAUGCAAAUGCAUGGUCACUUGGGACGUAUUCAUUAUGCAGUUGAAAAACACAAAUUGCCUUCAUACUUUUUUCAGGCCUAUGGCUUGGAAUAUGCCGUGGCUGAAGCUGUUACUCUGGCAGCAUCUACCCCAAAACAUCUACAAACUUUAGGUUUGGCAAGGGACUUGAAAUAUUCUGAGGAAACGCUAAGGAAUCGCCACAUACGCAUGGCCAUUCAUACUUUUCUAAAUAUACCCUUAUUCUAUGUCCACACCAAAGUGAUUAACGAAAUGCUGCAAGGCAAUGUCAAAUUGGAUGGAGUUAAUCGUCUCUACUGGAAGCUAAUGCAGGAAUAUGUUGGUGUGGAACCUCCCAUGGAUAGAGGUGAAAGUUGCCUAGAUCUACCCUACAAAUUCUAUUUGGAUUUGGAAACCAAUCAUCAGACUUUGAAAUUUGUGUCGGAAAUUUUGGGUUACCAAUUGUAUGAAGCUUUUUGUCAACUCACCAACGGGCAAACUCCUUUGCAUAAUUGUAAUUUCUAUGGCAACAGCAAAGUGGGGAAUGCUUUAAGAUCCAUGAUGUCUCUGGGAUCCGGUAAACCUUACCAUGAGAUCUUAAAUGAAAUUUUACCUCAUAAUCCUUCCAUAAACGCUCAGUCCUUAUUAGCAUAUUAUCAACCUAUUAUCGAUUGGCUGAAAAACUUCAAUAGCAAAAAUAAAAUCCAUAUUGGAUGGGAUGAUACCAAGAGAAAGAUUAUGUAAAUGGAGUUUUUAGUUAUUGAAUAUCUAGAACAAA